UCUCUCAGCGCGCGCUCAUCUUCAGUCAGUCCGUCGCGCGCCUGCUCACUGUCCACAAGAGCCACUGCAGGGAGACUACAGAUACUUGUUUUAAGGAAGAAACGCCAAGAUUCCUGACAUAUCUUUUGUAUUUUUGUUUUUGGGUCACAUUAAACUCUUUAAAGCGACAUGUGGAUUUACAAAAUUUUGCUCUGUGUGGCCGUUUUGGUUUACUCAGAAACGAAGAGACAUGCUCUGCAAGACUACCAGAAGACUGAUGCCGUGCGCUUGGUUACUCCACCUGAUGCAUCCUACAUGACCAAAGGCCGCAAGAUGAGCAUAGGAAAGUGUGCACGACGCUGUAGCCGCAACAGGAAGCUCCAGUUCACCUGCAGAGCAUUCAGCUUUGAUCAGAAAAGUACCAAAUGUCAUCUACUCUCCUAUGACAGCCUCACCUUUGGUGUCCGCAUGGAGAAUGACUUCAACUUCGAUCUAUAUGAGAAGAAAGACUUCAUGAGAGAAUGCAUCAUUGGUAAUGGACUCAACUACAAAGGGAAAAGAUCGGUGACUAAAAGUGGAGUCCAGUGCCAACUCUGGAAUUCCAAAAUGCCGCACGAGCACAAUUUCUUACCCCAGAGGCACAAGCAUCGAGAUCUACGGGAUAAUUUAUGUCGUAAUCCGGACAACACCACAACGGGUCCUUGGUGUUUUACCACAGACCCCAAACUACGUCACCAAGACUGCAGCAUCCCACAAUGCUCGGAGGUGGAAUGUAUGACGUGUAACGGAGAAAGUUAUCGUGGACCCUUGGACCACACGGAGAGUGGCCGGGAAUGCCAGCGCUGGGACCUUGAGGAACCACAUAAACACAUUUUCCACCCUAAAAGGUACCCCGAUAAAGGUCUAAAGGACAACUACUGCAGGAACCCAGACGGGCGCCAGAGACCCUGGUGUUUCACCACCGAUCCCAGCACUCCAUGGGAGUACUGUAACAUCAAACAGUGCGAUUCAGACAACAGUGGUGACGUUGAAAACACAACAACUUGUUUCCGUGGACGCGGAGAGGGGUAUCGCGGGACGAUUGGCAUCACACCUGAUGGAGUGACUUGUCAGCGAUGGGAUGCCCAGUUUCCCCAUCGACACUCGUAUACGCCACAGAAUUACCAUUGCAAGGAUCUGCGGGAGAACUACUGUAGAAAUCCUGAUGGUCGUCAUCUCCCAUGGUGCUUCACUACUGAUCCCACUGUGCCUAUAGCUUUCUGCACCAACAUCCCUCGCUGUGGAGUCAAACCUCCUGAACCUGGAGAGUGUUAUAAGGGCAUUGGAGACAUGUACAAUGGCCACCGGUCAAAGACUCGCUCAGGCAUUCCCUGUGCCCCAUGGAAAGACCACAGUGAAAGUAACGAAAGAGAUGUGAACUUGCUGACGACUGAACAGGCAGGGAACUUCUGCAGAAAUCCAGACAAGGACAAACACGGCCCGUGGUGUUACACCAACAGCUCAUCCAUCCCCUGGGAUUACUGUUCUCUCAAACCCUGUGAGAGCAGUCACUGGUGUGGAGGCGCUCUGGUCAGGGAGGAGUGGGUGCUGACAGACAAAGACUGCUUCUCCUCAUGUGUGCCUGACCUAUCAGAGUACAGAGUUUGGCUCGGUAUUACCCAUCUAAACGAAUCAGGUGAGAAUGACUUCCACAGACAGGAGAGGAGAAUCUCGCAUGUCAUCUGUGGCCCAGAAGACUCUAGUCUCGCCCUUCUCCGCCUUUCCCAACCUGCACUCCCGAGUGAGCGUGUCCGAGUUAUUCAGCUGCCCGUAGCAGACUGCAGCAUUCAGGAGGACACCAUCUGCUCUGUGUACGGCUGGGGGGAAACCAAAGGCACUGGACAUGAGGGAACGCUGAAAAGAGUUCAUCUGCCCAUAGUGAGCAAUGAACGAUGCCAGCAGCUUCACAGAGGGACUCUUCCCAUCACUAGUUCUAAACUGUGUGCCGGUGGCAGAAGAGAUGAAGGAGUUUGUGAGAAAGACUACGGGGGCCCUCUAGUAUGUCAAGAGAGUAACAGUAAAGUCAUUGUUGGUGUGAGCAUAAAUGGCAGAGGAUGUGCCAGGCAUAACCGACCAGCCAUUUUUGUGAACGUGGCCUUCUACGCUGGAUGGAUUCAUAAAGUUUACAGAAAUUAUCCAAACUCAGAACUGAACAAUUGAUCACGAGAGCAGGAUUGAAAAUCCGAUCUGUGAUAUAAGAACAAAAUAUCUCCACAAAUCCAACAGCUCCUUUCUUGAUUUAUUUUGUUCAUCAACAACAAAACAAGUAUUAUUGGAAGCUUUCCCAGCUUGGCCAUGAAGCAUAUAUUCCAAAACUACUAAAAGUGCUUUAAACUGAUGCUCUAAAUUCAAGCAGUUUGUACACCUAAUAAUGCCAGAACCGCAGAGCAAGGCGCUGGGAGACAAGAGUCUCAACAGGCUAUAUUCGCAACUAGCCAUACGGAAAGAUAAAGACUACUGGACCGAAGUGCAGACGAGCAGCCAGAAUCUGUUUCAAGAAUCAAUAGCAAUUCCUGGCCACCAACCAAAAACCUCAAGUCCUCGAAGAGAAAUCUUGCUGCAGUGCGCUUCGUAUGUACAUUCAACCCACACAUUACCCAUCAAACUAACAAGCUGGACUUCAGUUGGGAGAUUGGAUUCAGAAACCUAACCCAAGUUUAAGUCUGGAAUCAAACCAGGACUUGAUAUAUGGAUACAAACUCUGAGAUCCCCAACAGAAAUCCACCGUUCUCUCUUUCAAAAGCAUUCAAAGCUGACCGACAUACACAUUUCGGCUGAGAAAAGAGGGCUGUUAUGAUUAUAAGUACUUGUUGAUAUAAAGCCCUCAUUACCAGUGUCAUUCAAAAAGCCACUUUCGAUAAAGUAUUAGCUGUUAGCAUUGCUAAAUGUAGUCCACCUUAUAUGUUAAAAAGUAUACACAGGAGGCUUUUUUUUGCAGUAUAUGCUCCUGAAAAAAGCCUCUUCACUCAAAAAGCCCCUUCCGAUUAAUUAUUAGCUGUUAGCUUUGCUAAAUGUAGAUUGCCUUAUGGUUAAAAAGUAUACACAGAAGGCUUUUGUGCAGCAUAUGCUCCUGAAAAAAAGCCUCUUCACUUAAAAUGCCCCUUACAGUAAAGUAUUAGCUGUUAGCAUUGCUAAAUAUAUAGAUUGCCAUAUGGUUAAAAUGUAUACAAAGAAGGCUUUUGUGCAGUUUAUGCACCUGAUAUAAGCCUCUUCACUCAAAAAGCCCCAUUCGAUAAAGUAUUAGCUGUUAGCAUUGCUAAAUGUAGACUGCCAUAUGGAUAAAAAGUAGACACAGAAUGCUUUUUUUUUUUUUGCAGUUUAUGCCCGCGAUUUAAGUAUUUUCAUUUAAAUAGCCCCAUUUGACAAAGUAUUAGCUGUUAGCAUUGCUAAAUGUAGAAUAUUUCAAGGGUGAAAAGUAUACACAGAAAGCUUUUUUGUUGUUUAUGCUCCUGAUAAUACUUGAAAACACUCAUGAGAGAGGUCACUGUGUCCCUCAAUAACACCUCCUCAUGUCGCCGUCACAGUGUUUAUAUAGUCAAAGGUGUUCCAUCCAUUUUCAGUGUUGAUAUUUUGUCCGCAAGCCUGAACGGAGAUGACAUGACCUGCUUGUAAUGACACGCAGCAGAAAAUCGUAGUUGUCAUAACAUAUCAGCAUCUUGAGGUUCCCAUACACUAUGUUUGGUUUAGAACGGAAUUCAGAGGAGGAUUUGGAAAUGUGUGUUGUAAAUACUGUGGUCAUGGGAGUGGGCUAAUCACUCCCAGUUCUUUCGUAGGUCUCAUAGACCUUUAUAAGAUGUUAGGGCAUGGUGGCCUCCUCCAUUCCACUGUCUUUUCAUGUCCUUGUUGAGUGAUAUAUACAUAUAAAUAUAUAUCUUUGUAAAUAGUUCAUAAUGCACAUUUUGUCAGUGUACGCUAAAUGUAGAGUGUAGUAUUUCUUGUGAGUGUGAUGUUGCAUUGAUCACAUGUAAAAAAUCUGAUAUGCAGAAGUAAAUGAAAAUGACAUGCA